CCCUCUACCCAAUGGCAGUGGGAGGUAUAGAGUUUUGGGGAGUGCAUAUAAUCAACAUAUUAUCGAAGGUGCUUAGAUAUUGAUCCUGUAUUUCGAGGUAGUUCAAAUUCGCCUCUCUUGGACCUUCGGGUUUGACCUUAAUUUUUCCGUGCUUGGUGGAGAAUAAUUCACGCGUAAAAUGCCGAAGAGAAAGUCUCCAGAGGGUCCCGAGGGCAAGGAAGCCUCCAAAGUCACAAAACAAGAGCCCACCAGAAGGUCAGAGAGAUUGUCAGCGAAACCUGCUCCUCCCAAGCCUGAGGCCAAGCCCAAGAAGGCCAUCGUCAAGAAGGUGGCAGAUGAUAAGGGGGUGAAGGCAAAGAAAGGCGGUGGUAAGGGGAAGAAGGAUGAUGGCCCUGCCCAGAACGGAGAGACCAAGACCAAUGAGAUCUAUGUGUCUCGUCCGUCUGUCAGUGUGUCUUCAGUCAGAACCACGGCUCCCUCCUUGAUGUCAGUGAGAGGGCAGAGUGAGACAGUCAGAGUUAAGGGUAACUGAAGCAGCGGAGGAGGCAGCUGAGGAGAAGGCGUAAAAGACACGGGCGCGUUCACCGACUCGUCCCCUCUGACUCCAUGGCAGCAAAGCAUCUUUUUUUACUGACGAUUUUUGUACCAUGCUGAAUUUUUUUUAGACUUGUGAUAGUAGAGACGGACAACCAGCAGCCCCAUACUCAUAUGUUCACACUCUUUUCAGCUCCUCUACCUACAGUAUGUUUUUGCUCGAUUCUCCUCACUCCUCCAUUGUGUCACCAUAUGCCUCUCCGAAGCAGAAAGACAGAAUGAAAUGUUUUUAUCAGACGGCUGCAGAUGUUCUUCAUGUUGCCUGAAGGGGGCCGUAAACACGACUGUUAUGAUCUCUGAACCAGCUCUGCCUAUAUUUGUAGUCUCUACAAAAGAUGAUCAUUCUUAUUGGACUAUUUCCCCCCUGAUGGUUUAGGUGAGGUUUUGUGGAAGUGUAUCAGAAGUUUGGAUGCAGAGUUACAGGAAACCAGGUUCAUAGUCGCAAUGGAGAACAUCUGCAGCUUUUUUAAAAAGAAAACAACUUAGUUUUUAGAAUCACCACCACUGUGUUUCACAUAGCCUCCUUUUGUAAAUGAUGUGUGCUGAACGCGAAUGUGUUUGGUGGCGUCUCUGUGUUUAACU